UACUGCGCACAUUUGAACGUGAUUUUAUUUCGUAUGUAAUGGACUGUGGUUAAAUCAGAUUUGCCGCCUUCGGUUAUCGUUCGGUAAGGCUUGCUAAUUCCGUAUAUAAUCCUGUCGGGCUACGAUUAUCACAACAAAAUACCUGUGUUAUUUUGUAAGGGGAAGUAGAUAAUUUUUCAACAAGGAUGUUAGCGUGUAUUUUUUGUAGACAAUAACCUGGUUGUGAUGGCAGAACGAUCAAUACCUGUGCCCGAUUGAAGGUAAUCAAUAACACGUUAUAGUCGCCAUAUUAUUUAUGGCGUUUGUCGCAUAUUUCGUAUGUCACUGGUCGAAGCCGACGAGUCAUAUCGAACAUUCCUGCCUCUCCCAGUGUUCGUCAAUUAUGACGAUGUCAGGUCGACAUGUUAUAUAGCUUCUUGUGAAAUGGUCGCGAUUUUUUGCCUGUUCGAUUAACUAACUACAUGUAUCUUCCGUUGCUUCGCGACACAACCGGCACAGACUGUCAUUUGUUGUGGAAGUUACCGGAGAAUUUGCUCUACGCCGCGAAUUGCAGCUAAAGUGGGACUUAGGACUGCAAUUGUGGAGGAAAAAAUAAGUGGAUAAAAAAAGAGGAAAAAAGUACUGAAGCACACUCCAUGGGUUUGAAGGAUUCCACAAAGGCAGUGCUGGAUGCCAUACUGGAAGCAGAAAGUGAUUGCUGCCCACCACCUUCGCUGGUGCCGAGGGAAGAUGUGGAGUCCAUGGAGAGUGAAGUGCAGAAUGACAUGAAGCCAGUGUUUGCAUUGUUGGUUCCUCUUACACCCAGUGAAGAACCAGUGCUGGAGACUUACCCUCAGCUGGAAGACUACGGGAAGGUUACAUACCUCGAAUCAUCAAAGAAGAGGAGGAAAGAUUAAAAGGAGCCGUGAAAGACGAAAGAGUUUAAAUUCUUUGUGAUGAACCGACAGACAGAAAAGGGCAGUGUGUGUUCGUGGUUCUGAUAAAAGUACUUAGUUGUGGCGAUGGUGUAGUUCAGAAAUUAUUUGUCGGGGGAGUGAAAGUUAUUGAAAAUGCAAAUACUACAGAAUGUGCACAAGCAAUUAUGAGUGUAAUACAGAAACUUGAAAUUCAGUACAUAAAUGUAGUUUCUAUAACUUCAGAUUCAGCACGUUAUAUGGGCAAGUCUAUAAAAGCAGUUAGGGUUUUAGUUUCAGAAGGGUUAGUACACACACAAUGCUGGGCUCAUAAAUUAAAUUUGGUUGGCAAUGUGUGGGCUGUGGAACUUUGUGAUUUGAACCAUUGUGUUUUGCAGACAAAACACAUCUUCCUUAAUACCCAAAAGAGAAAGUAUGCAUACAUUCAGUUCUUAGCUCAGAAAUAUGUAGGUGUACACACAAAAGCUAAACUUUUCCCUAUUCCUGUCAUCACCAGGUGGAACUCUUGGUUUGAAAGUGUCGAGUACUUUGGAGAAUAUCCCUGUGAUAUAGUAGAAUUUGUUGAAACUGUUGAAGAUGAGAGUGUAGCUGUCAAUUAUUUUAAAGCUUUGACUUCUGCUGAAGCAAAAAAAAAUCAAUGCCUAGCAAUUUUUCUUGUUGAGCACUGCUCAAAAUGUUGCAAUUUGCUGCUGAUAUUAGAGGGCUCCAAGAUGCCGUUCAUUCAUCUUCUGCAGUCUAAGCUUGAUGACCUUGCAAAGAGCUUUAAGUUACUAGAGGAUGCUUUUUUAUUCCGAGACAACCUCGGAAAAACUUCUUAAACUGCCAGAGCAUAUGCAAUUACAGUUAACAUCACCCUUCCAGUCUGUAUGUAGAGCAAGUCUUACAAAACUGAACCACUUGAUGAAGUGUGAUACAGGAAAAAUUAUCAUUUCUUCUACAGGUAAAUUGUUUGAUCUGAGAAACAUAAUAAAAGGCAAUUUAGACAGUGCUGAAAUCUCUCAGCUGAUAAAGAAAAUUCCCAUUCUACAAGAACUUCCAACGUCAGAAUUUCUUGUACCAUACACAUUGUUUAGGGGUUUAGUAGCCAGUUCUUGUCGAGAAGGUAAAGAUGUUGAUGUGAUUGGUAUUCUUCUUUCCCUGAAAGCAGAGUACGGACUUUUUGUGGAAGCUGCAGUGAAGGCUUUGUAGAUCCCAGUCAGUAAUGUUGAUAGUGAGAGAUCAUUUUCUAGAUAUUGCAAUAUAAUGUCUGACAGGAGAACAGCUCUGACUCCCGGUAAUAUGGAAGUCAUGGUAUCCUUGUCUUUCUCAGACUGACUUGAGUGUUGUGUACGUACACUAGGACAGGAUAAAUGUUUUCCAAACUUUCAUGAUUUGGUAUUUGUGUUUUAAUAAGAUUUAUAAUUUUUAUGCUUUUUCAAUUUAUGUAAAAUAAAA